UGCAAAGGCGAUAGGCGCGCGUGCUGGAAAAACUCGUCGUCGUCGGUUGUUUCGGCAGCACCACACUGUGUGCUGUGCUGUGCCGUGUGUCGCGUGUGUGUGUAUGUGUAUGGUCCGUGUGUGAGCGGGCAACCCAUGAGCACUGAGGGGACUGGCCCACAUCAGGAAGACACCAGCCAGUAGAAGUUACUAGCCGCCACAGCACACGCCGUCGUAACGCGUGACCAAGAAGUUUCGGGUGAGGCGUUCACGGAGACACAAGACUGAGUCGUCGUUGAGUAACUUCGGGUUGGAGAAGAGUCCGCGUACCCUAAAAUAUCAGCAAAAAAAAAAUAUCGUGUUAAAGUGUUCAAUAAAUAAUCUAGUUUUAUUUCCUCGGUGGAAGUUGUGAAUACUCGAAGAAGACACCCCAUCCUACCCUCGAGAUAUCGUUAGAAAUCGCGUUACGAGUUCGAUGUAGUGGAAAAUGUCCUACCUCCAGAGAAUUAUAGGAUGUUUGUGAGCAAGUAAAUUUUAUGUUAGAGGUUUUACGAGAGUCUUUACGUUGAAGGUUUCCCCAAUUUCCGCAUUGUGCAGCACAACAGGCAAAUUUCGCUAAAUUAUUAAAUAAUUUAUAGCUCCAAUGAAAAAUUGGCCCCAUUUCAACCAACCAGGAGCGCGUGUCAUCGAGCGAAAAGUGAGGCAAUUUCCGGCCGUAAUCGAGCCCUGCCUGGAAGCAGAAGGUGAUGAGGGAAGGUGAAAAUCGUGCCCAUCGUAAAGAUCCCUAAUUCAAUUUCGAAAAAAAGGUGUGUGUAUCUUCAGGAGCGUGAUGAACGCAGAACAUCGACGAGUGGCGCAAGUAACGACGACGACGAUGCUGAUGGCGAGGCACUUGUGAUAGCGAAAUAUAUAUUCUAAAAGGUGCUGCUGCUGCGUGAGAAAUAUCUUGUGAGUGCGUUUGAAGUGAGUGAGUGAAGGAGUGAUAUUUUUGUUUGGUUCAGAGAAGAGAGGCAGCGAAGCAGCAGCCGAGCGCAGCAAAAUGUACGUCGAGUACGGCGAACGAAGGAACAACGAACGGGACGCGAUGAUGGCCGGCAACAAGUUUAUGGUUUCACACCUGCACCGGUCAAACCAAGACCCUCCCCUGCACCACCCAAUCGAACCUCUAGACCACUACUCCGUGACUACGACGCAACGAAUUCCUCCCCAUCCCCAUCAGCAGCAGCAUCAUCCUCAUCCUCGACCUGUGCAGCAAUCCAGCAGUCUAUCCAGCGGCAAGCACGUGAAGCUGAAACCAGCCGACCUUGGUUACAACAAUUACUACCAGCCCUCGAACCAACAGCCCAAAUCUGCGCCGCCAAAACCGCUAGACUAUAAAAAAUUAAACAAUCACACCAGCACCGCUGGUGGUCCAGCUGGGAUACUGAAAAACAACCACCACGCCACCGGUGGUCACUCCAAGCAGCGGCGUCCGCUGAUUUACGAGUUGAAACAGUAUGAGUACUUCAACAGCAACGACAGCACAGGAAGUAAGCAACUGCCAGCGCCAGCAGUCAAGAACACCAACAGUGUCCUGCAGCAGCACUACAGCGGCCACAACUACAACAUCAACUACAAUCUGAACUUUACGAAAAAUCAAUACAACAUACUGAUAUCGCCACCAACGACGACAGCAGCCGGUGGACAGCAGGCUCCACCGUACGACGAGAACAAUCACUUCAUUAGUAGCCAUUAUCAGCAAUCACAGCAGCAAAACUACCAGAACAACGCUAGGAACUACAAGAACAACAACGCAAACCGUCAUCAUCAGCAGCAACAUUCCUUGUACAGCAACAACAACAACCACUACAAUCAAUAUCUUAGCAAUCAACAUCAGCAGCAGCAUCACUCGUCCAAGCAGCAGCAGCAACAUCAACCCGCCUACUUGGACGAGAAGCCACCGCUGUUUGUGGACGGUGACCACGAGCUAGGCAAGAUGCAGCGCGAGGAGAUUAUCAUCGAGCACAGUCAGCUGGUUGGAGACGGAAGUGGACCAGGCAUCGUCAUACACCCGGCCGGCGGAGGCGGCCACCCUGCGGGACAGGGUGGUGGAGCGGCCGGUGGACGACAGCCACUAUUGCGCGGCAAAGGCCUUGGCGGAUUAGGAGGAGGAGGAGGUGGAGGGGGGAAGCUAACGGCCAUCAACCGAUCGCAUCAUUUCACGCAGAUAAUCGCAGCCCUCGCCGUAUCGAUCGGACCGCUGGCGGCCGGCCUCGGGAAGGGCUACUCCAGUCCAGCCAUCGCGAGUCUCCAGGAGCUGCAGAUCCGGCAACGGGGCAACUACACGUCCUUCUCUGUCAACGAUCAGCAGGCCAGCUGGAUCGCGAGUCUGUCGCUGUUGGGUGCCCUGUUCGGUGGCAUGUUCGGCGGCGUCGCCAUGCAGUACGGCCGGAAGCGGGUGCUGGCGCUGAUGUCGCUUCCGUUCUCGCUGUCCUGGAUCCUGACCGUGUUCGCCAAAUCCGUGGAGACGAUGUUCUUCACCGCGUUCAUCGGCGGGUUUUGCUGCGCCAUCGUGUCCACCGUGACGCAGGUGUACAUCAGCGAAAUCUCGUCGCCGGACAUCCGGGGCUUCCUCAGUGCGAUCCAGAAGAUUGCCGGCCACAUGGGCAUGCUCAUCUCGUAUCUGCUCGGCGCGUACCUGGACUGGCGGCAGCUGGCGAUGCUGGUCUCGGUGGCGCCGAUUAUGCUCUUCAUAUCUGUGAUCUAUAUACCGGAAACGCCGAGCUUCUUAGUGUUAAGAGGUUGCGAUGAUGAAGCUCAUCGCUCACUACAAUGGCUUCGGGGUCCACAAAACGUAGAGAUAGAACUCGACACCAUCCGAUCGAACGUACGUACAUCGAGAAUCAACCUGCUGAACCGGAUGUCCUCGGUGGCGACGACCACGACGACGACCGUGUCCAGCGCUGCCAGUGGCCAGCCCGGCCUGCAGCAGCAACAACAACAGUCACAAUCCACGUCAAGCCAGCUGGCUGGCUUUGUGCGGUCCUGGCACCUGCCCCGCAUCUCGUGCGACGCCAUCAUGGCCAACGUGAAGGCCGUCAUGCGUAACGCCCGCCUGGUCAAGCCAGUUUCCAUCACCUGCGGCCUUAUGAUCUUCCAGCGGUUCACCGGUGCCAACUCGUUCAACUUUUACGCGGUGAGCAUCUUCAGCAAAACCUUCGCCGGGAUGAACCCCCACGGAGCGGCCAUCGCCGUCGGGUUCGUCCAACUGCUCGCAUCGAUGCUGUCCGGUCUGCUAAUCGACACCGUUGGCCGCAUCCCGCUCCUAAUCGUGAGCAGCGUCUUCAUGUCCCUCGCCCUGGCCAGCUUUGGGUCGUUCGUGUACUACGGCCACACGAACAAGCUGCUUGCGACGGCAAACUUCGAUCUGGACGCGCCCGUCGGCAACAACGACUGGAUUCCGCUGCUGUGCGUGCUGGUCUUCACGGUGGCGUUUUCGCUGGGCAUUUCGCCCAUUUCGUGGCUGCUGGUCGGGGAGUUGUUCCCGCUGGAGUACCGCGGCAUUGGAAGCUCGAUCGCGACCAGCUUCAGCUACUUCUGUGCCUUCCUCGGUGUCAAGACGUUCAUGGACUUUAAUGCAUGGUUCGGCCUGCACGGCACCUUCUGGCUGUACGCGUGCAUAUCCUGCGCGGGCCUGUUCUUCGUCAUCAUGGUCGUGCCGGAGACCAAGGGCCGCGACCUGGAGGAGAUGGACCCGAAGUACGUGCGAACGCUGACGAUAAAUCGAUGAGACAUGGGAACGCACGUAGAGUAUCUAGUAUAGUAUUUAAUGGGCCCCCCCGAGCAAUAGUGUCCUAACCGCCGCCGUUGUCCUUUGUCGUCGCCAGGUUGCUGGUUCUACCACUUUUGCUUGCGCUCGCUUGUUGUUGCGGCGAUGAUUUUAGGCUAGGGCUAGAGAGCAAGACAGAGGCGAGGAGAGGUGAUAGAGAAUGAACGAUUAACGAUAUUUAAAUGUUCCUAAAUGAGUGCGAAUGAAAA